AACACUGUUUGUACAUAAACAAACGCAAGUAAUGAUUAGAUCCGGUGCAUACAAUUUUAGUUUUUAAGCCUGCAACAAACCGAAGUAAUGUGAAACGAGGUUAAAUCGAACGGCUGAACUUCGGUCCAUUGACCUGUCCUCACCAAUGUCCCGAUUCCUCUCAUGAACAACCCUUCCGCCAGCUUCUAAACCCGUAACACCAACACGUCAACCACUAAGAAACAACCAGAAAGAAAAAGAUGAAGGAAAAGGAGAUCGAAACUACCGACUAUUUGGAGGAGUUCAAACCGAGCGCGCCAAUACCCACCGGAACUCUUCCCAGGCAUGGAAACCGGCCACCUAAGACCAAUGCCCACGGCCACAUUGUUGACGUAGACGAGAAUGAAGCUGUUCCGUCGGCGCCGCCGUUGGAGUUGAUGGACCACGUCGUUGGCUACGAAAGCGUUUCGUUUGACGCAAUAAGCGUUCCACCGCCAUAUUUCGAAGCUGAAUCUCCGGAGGCUGAAAUAUCCAACCGGGACAUCCUGCCCAACUGCCCUCAGGUCACAGAGCAAGACGCCAGGACGGCUCUUCUCUCCUUAGUAGCCCAGCACUGUUGUUACGGAAAAGAUGUCGCCAAAGAGAUGGCAAUAACCAAAAUCAACUACUCAUCAGCGUUCCAUUACCAACUACACUCAUUCACGGAAAAAAGAGAAACGUCGUGGGCGUACUCGCCUUACGGCGGCGGCGAGGUGGACGGCGUGGAGAACGGCGCGCCGCCUCUGCCCUGGGAGAUCGAGUGCUACCCUGGCACCCUGUUCGAGGACGAGGUGAAGCUGAUUCCGGUGCCGCACACGUCGUCAGUCAAGUCGUGCCACAGGUGCAAGGGCGGCGGCUCGCUGCUGUGCGCCGAGUGCCACGGCAAGGGCUGGGUGCGCUGCCUCUCCUGCCACGGCGACGGCUGGAGCGCCUCCACCAGCGGCUACAAGGAACGCUGCUUCUACUGCCACUCUUCCACCCAUGGACACGGACGGCAGGACUGCCUGAAAUGCAACGCGAAAGGCAGGGUGCCUUGCCCGACGUGCGACAACUACGGCCAAAUCCAGUGCUUCAUCCAGCUGACCAUCUCGUGGAAGGUGAACUCUGCCGAGCACAUCGUGGAGCGGCUCUCGCUGCCCGAGGACCUAGUCAAGUCGGUCAGUGGACAGGUGGCGUUCGAGGAGGAGGCUCAACAGGUGCUGCCCAUUGGACACUUUCCGGACGAGACCAUCAACAUGGCGUCCACCCAGAUUGUCCACGCUCAUGCACAGGCGUUCAGCGACCAAAAGCUCAUUAGACAGAAACAAGUGGUGCGAAUAAUUCCAGUCACCGAGAUUAACUACCGGUGGAAAAAUAAGAAUAACGUGUUCUAUGUGUUCGGCUUCGAGAACCGCGCCUACGCCCCGGACUAUCCACAGAAAUGCUGCUGCGGCUGCACCAUCCUGUAGGCUAGUGAGAGCUCAAGAAAUUUAGUAGAACUCUUGCACAAGAACUCGGAUAGUUCAGCUUUUCCUGUUUCCCAAGCGCUGGACUUUUAUUUUUCUGUACAAAGAAUCAACUUUUGGUUUUUUUUACACGACCCACGCGAUUCCGACGAUUUCCAUUCUUCCGCUAGUGAGUGGUUGGAGGGCCAACUGAUUUCUAUUUCAUUAUGCUGAAUUAAUAAAAUGAAAAUGAGCAAUAAUUCGCGCCUAAAGAAAA